AUGACGCGGGAGACUUAUCUUAAGCGCUCGCUCGGGACUCUAGCCAGACGAAUCAAAGAGUCGCGCGUGCUUCUCGUGGGUGCUGGUGGCAUCGGAUGCGAAUUGCUGAAGAACCUCCUGCUCUCCGGAUUCGGCGAAAUCCAUAUCAUCGACCUCGACACAAUCGAUCUGAGUAAUCUCAACCGCCAGUUCCUGUUCCGCUUCGAACACAUCAAGAAACCCAAAGCAUUGGUUGCGAAGGAAGUCGCCCACAAAUUCCAGCCCAGUGCAAAGCUUGAAGCAUAUCAUGCGAACAUCAAGGAUGACCAGUUCAACGUUGACUGGUUUGCGACAUUCGACGUCGUCUUCAACGCUUUGGACAAUCUCGAUGCUCGACGUCAUGUGAAUAGGAUGUGCCUUGCAGCCAAUGUGCCGCUAGUGGAGAGUGGAACGACGGGUUUCAACGGCCAAGUCCAGGUGAUCAAAAAGGGAGUCACGGAAUGCUACGAUUGUAACUCCAAGGAGGUCCCCAAGUCGUUCCCGGUCUGCACUAUCCGCAGUACACCCAGCCAGCCGAUCCACUGUAUCGUCUGGGCUAAGAGCUACCUUUUCCCUGAGCUCUUUGGCAUCAGCGAGGAUGACUCAAGCGAAUUUGACCACUCAGAAGAUGCUGAAAACUCCGAAGAAAUCGAGAAUCUUCGCAGGGAGGCUCAGGCCCUCAAGGAGAUCCGUCAAUCCAUGGGCUCCGACGAGUUCGCGCAGAAAGUAUUCGAGAAAGUGUUUCAGGAGGACAUAGAUCGGUUACGGGGCAUGGAAGACAUGUGGAAGACACGAGAUCCUCCGGAGCCUCUGGAUUUCCGCAAGCUACAGGAGGAGUCUUCCAACAUCGAACCUGUGGUUUCAUGCAAUGACCAGAAAGUCUGGACUCUUGCUGAGGACUUUGUCGUCUUCAAAGACAGUCUGGAUCGAUUGAGCAAACGGCUCAAGACCCUGCAGGACACCACGAAGAGUGACGUGAAGCCUAUACUAGUUUUCGACAAGGACGACGUCGACACCCUGGACUUCGUCGCCGCCACUGCCAAUCUGCGAGCGACCAUCUUCAAGAUCGAUCCCAAGUCCAAGUUCGACACGAAACAGAUGGCUGGCAACAUCAUCCCGGCUAUUGCAACCACCAACGCAAUGACGGCUAGUCUCUGUGUUUUGCAGGCUUACAAAGUUUUAAGAGGGGAGUACGACCAGGCCAAGAUGGUCUUCCUCGAACGCAGCGGUGUUCGUGCAAUCAACUCCGAUUCUUUGCAACCUCCGAAUCCCAAUUGUCCGGUGUGCUCCGUUACUCAUGCUAGGCUGAAGAUCGACCCUCAGCGCGCGACAUUGGACAACCUGGUCCAGGAUAUCCUCCGGUCGCAACUGGGUUACGGCGAAGAGUUCUCCAUCAACACCGAGCUAGGAACCAUCUAUGAUCCCGAUCUAGAGGACAACCUUCCCAAGAAAUUGACCGACCUCGGUGUCAAGAACGAGAGUUUCAUCACGGUCAUCGACGAAGAGGAUGAUCAGCCCCGCGUCAACCUUGAACUCAUCGUUCUCGCGACUGACAGCUCCCAGUCUUCCACAGAAGCCGAGAAACCCGCCUCCCUGGAGAGUGUUCCCGACAUUCCCCGCAAGCCCAAGGCCCCCGCACCUGCAGCCCCCGAGCCGGAGCCCGUCAACGGAGCAGGCAAGCGGAAGCGUGACGCCGACGAAGCCGGACUCAGCAACGGCGACAACCCAGCCAAGCGAGUGGCAGCCAUGUCCAUUUCGGACGGUGACGGAGCCAACCCCAUCGUCUUGGACGAGGCGACUGGCGGCGCUAUCCUAAUUGAUGAUUAA